AUGGCCUCUAUCCACAGCGUAACAAACGGAGACACUGGAAAGUAUGUUGAUAUUGACGGUCAUAGAGUGAGGAAAUACGAUCUAAGGCUUUCGAGGAUUCCACAACUCGACUACAAUGACCCUCGAGUGGAAUCAAUAAUCGCAAAUGAGGUUGGUUUGACCACCACGUAUACCAUCUCAGCUCAAGUAUUUGCUUACAUACGAGUGGGCAUGUACAGGUUGAGAAAAUGCUUGAUUCAUACAAAAAAAAUUGUAUAUCUUUUAAAACGAGUGAAGGUCUGUAGGGAUUACAGCUGGAGAGCUUGGGUGACUCAAUGAAAUCCCUUAUAUUCAGUUAAUCUGUCGUAAUCGCUCACUUCCAUGUAGCCCUCCACAGUCCAGCUGCAAGAAGUCAACAUCUCUCAACAUGAGCGUAGGGCUUUUUAAUCAACAUCCUCAACCCUAUCUUCUCCAAAUCCAAUAAAAAUAUGUAGAUAUCUUUAGAGGGGUUCACAAGUGGAUCAGUUUUUUUUCUCUUUUUUUCCUAGAAGCUGGCUUAUAAACACCUCUGAUCCUUAAUUUUUUAAGGAAACUUCAAUAAACCACCGUAAGGAAAGCAACCUAUUGAACAAAAUUUGGUGUGAAAAUAUAAUACAUUUAGAGAAAGAUUUUUUUCAUCUUUCCAUGAGCCAAAGACAAAGAAAAAAUUGUGGGUGUCCAUGAGUCCCCAUGGGAAAUCAAACGUUAGACGCAUGUAUUCUGUGCUCAGAAUUUUUUCUUUGUUCCACAGUCAUGAAAAGAUGAAAGGCAUCUUUUUCCAUCUGUUUAUCAAGCUCAAACUUUACCAUCUUUCUCAUUCUAUCUAUAAUGCACUUUGCAAGCUAAGGAGCCUUUGCAAUAGUGAUAUUAUAUCAUCAUAUUUUUAUAUAAUAUUUUUAUAACAACUUUAUUGGGUACGUCUACGAAUAGACGGACGCCAAUUGGGUUAGUGCAGCGGGACAUGGAGUCCCAUACGGGGCACUACCCCUCUUAAAUCCACCCAACCCAACCCAGGGGAGGACAUCCAUCACACAGUAAUCUCGUGCGUGGGAAAUUAACGUCUCCUACCCCAAACCCUGCAGGAGACGGGACCUCCGGCUUAACGUCUUAUCCGAGAAGACGAAGCAAGGUGAGUGAAGCGGCUUGCUUAAGGCCACAACGUAGUGCCCCGGCCAGGACUCGAACCCGGGCCGUCCGACCCAGAGUCCAGCGCUCAGACCACUGGACCACUCACGCCUCACUUAUGCAAUUAGAAAAUUAGAAAAUUAGAAAAUUGCUAAAUUAUUCAUCCAUUAAUAAUAUACAUGGAAAAAUUACUCAGUUCUGAUUGGUUAAGAUAAAUGCAGUUUUCAGGUAAUUCAGUGCAGAAGAGAGUUAAUUCAGUGCAGAAGAGGGUUAAUUCAGUGCAAAGAAAGAAACAAAUCAGACAUUCUGAUUGGUCAAUAAUCAAAGAAACUCACAGAUAGCCAAUUAAAUGGGAGCAUUGGAUGUCGCAACAAAAUUUGAAAAUUUGAACAUUUGUGAGUGAAACAAUGGCCGGCGUUUGAAGUAGGUUUUCUUUCGCCACUGCAGCUGAAAAACAGCUUAAACAACGAAAACACUGUAAAAAGCACUGCUUUUUGGUUGCCAGUUUGGAAAAAGUGGUGUUUAGAGAAGGGAAUUGCUGAGGAAAUCGAAAAUUACGAGCUGACCUAGCUUAACACUUUGCUUGAGCGAUCCAACACCGAAAUUAAAAACAAACAUGGUUAAACCUCGGAAAUGACAAUUCCAUUUCAUCAAAAAUGAUUCAUACACAGAUUGAACAAUUCCUUGAACUGUUUAGCCGGACUUUCAACUUUUUUGCACCUUAACUUAAAGAUGUGAAGAUAUUAUUGCAUAUUAUUGUUUUGAUCAUAUGUGGUUGUUUUGACCGAACGCACGGUUUGAAUAAAUUAUUUUUUUCACUUGAUGCACAGGCUUUGCUUAUGUUUGAUUAUAAUAGGCCAUCUUGUAUUUUCCCAUGCAUAUUAUUAACACAUAAUUGCAUGAUUUUUCUCAUGCAAUUUGGAAUAAACAAGCACUAGUUAAUUUUUUCAAAGACCACAAAUUGCACUCGCCCCAUGGGCUUGUGCAAUUUUGUUAGUCUUUAAAAAAAUUUACUCGUGCUUAUUUAUUCAUAAUUGCACUCAAAAUCAUGUGAUUACCUAAUUUGUUUUCUUGCAGGAACCAGUGCUCCUAAAAAAUUCAGAUAUCGUAGGAACAGCUCUUAAAUGGGACUUGAACUAUCUUAAAGAGAACCUUGGUCAAGGAUCUUUCACCGUUUAUUCUUCUAAAACACACAAGUUCAUGUACUGCGAUGACAAACGAACCAAAGAUUGGCCCAACUUUGUUCCACCAACUCAGAGAACUGACAUGAAAUUUGAAAGCUUUUGUACAAGGAUUUCCAACUUCAAACCAUCAGAUACUCGUUUGUACUUGCAACAGAUGCUUAAUGAUUCGGUGGGAAAAAAUAUUGUGAGAGACUUCCUGGGCUUUAAGUGGAGCUGGCUCACAAACAUUCAAAAGAAAAUGAAGUGGGGAUCACUUACUUCUAAUCUUCUUCUUAUCGGCUUGCCUGGUAAUAUUACACCUGUUCAUUAUGAUGAACAACAGAACUUCUUUUGUCAAGUGACAGGAUACAAGAGAGUUAUUCUAUUUCAUCCAGACCAAUUUCAGUGUCUGUAUCCAUUUCCUUUGUAUCAUCCCUGUGACAGGCAAAGCCAGGUAAGCUGUAAUAAGACAACAUGAUUUCUAGGAUCUUUAUGUUGUUGACAUACAUGUAUAACAUUCACAGUUACUUUAAUUUUACGACUCCUAAGAGUGACUAGCAUCCAAUCUCUCUUUACAAUCACUCAUGAAUCACACAUUAAGGACACAAGUUAGAAUAAAGGAAAUGAUCACCAACCAACAGAUAUUCAUGUAAAUAAAUAUUUAUUCAAAUUCAUGCACGCAUUUUCAAACACUUUGGAUUUGAAAAUCAAAAAAUAAAACCUUUUCUUUUCUCAUCAAAAAGGUGAUGCAUGAUGCAUGUAUAUUUCAGCUAUUGUACUUUUCUUUAAAAAAUUGUCCCUAUGAUUUUCUCUGUUUACAACUUUUUAAUAGGAAAAGAAAAGGUAUACAUGUUUCAUAUAGAUUUUCAAAUUAGAAAAUUUUUAAAAUGGGUGUAUACAAAUGAUAAAUGAAAAGGAAAUUUUGGGUUAAUGCUAGAUUAUUAAACAAAUUCUCAUUAUCAGCACCUUAAGAAAUGUAUUAAGAACAGUAUGGAGAAUAUGCAUACUAAAGUUAGGUUGUAAAGGACCAACCCUUUCAUUCCUUAAAGAUCUCGUUUAAUUAGCAAUUCUCCUUACUGUCUGCCAAACAACUUGUAUGAUUUUAGUUUUGGGAAUUUUUUAUUGGAUCAACUAAUAAUCCCUUACCUGAUAGUUUUCUUUGUUCCCAUCGCUGUCUGUGAUGUGAUGGAGUUGAUUCCCACAGCUUUAUGUUGUUACUACUAAAUGUUAGAGAUGCAUUCAUUUCCACUCAAACCUUAGAAAUGGUUGCUGAGUGUACAAAUUUCUCAAUUAGUAUUUUAAUAACCGUACAGUUUUUCGGAAGCUAUCAUGGUGAAGGUGGGUUAAAGUAGCCUGCUCUAAACUGAUUCCACAUUGCUGACACUUGUACUUGUCUCAAAAAUAGGUUGAUUUUGACAAUCCAGAUCACAAGAGAUUUCCAAAGUUUAGAUAUGCAAAAGCUUUUGAAGUCAUAGUUGGUCCUGGAGAUGUUCUUUACAUACCAAUGUAUUGGUAAGAUUUGACUUUGAACAUGUGGAGUUUGAAAGUCUCUGAGUCAUGUCAAUUACUGAAAUUUUGACCAACAAUUUGAUGAUCAAGGAAUCCCUUAAUCAUUGAGUGACAUGACACAUGUUACCCUUCUUGCCCCUGCCAGCUUAGCAAAGUAUUCAAAAUGGUUUUUUUUUAUCUUUUUGGGCAAUAGGUGGCACCAUGUGGAAUCAACAAUAAAUGGAGGGAUCACCACAUCUGUCAACUUUUGGUACAAGGUAUAAAUGAUUUACAUUACAGUAUAAUUUCAAACAUUUCAGUUGACUGUAUUCUAAGAAGUUUAAGAACCCAGGAUCAGACAAGAAUAUACAGUAAUUGCAUAAUGUACCAUGCAAGAGGGGAAAUAUCAGCAGAAAAUCAUUCAAUUAACGUAUAUGUUACGUAUCCAUUCCACACAUAUCUACAUGCUUGUGGAAUAAAAAUGAUUUAGUGGUUUGGAUUGUGCAUAUCAUGGGAUAUUUGUUAGUGGAAACAUAUUUAGAGAGACAUAUGUAGGAAUAUUGUGACCUGGUGGAAGUUUGGAAAUAACUUAUUUGAAAGGUUAAUGUAAAGGGAGCUGAAUGGAUCAGAGAAGUUCCUUUUGCUCCUUCUGUUAAAAUCAAUGUUAAGUGCUACAGUGUAUUGUGUGUUGCUCCUCAUUGCAAUCAACUUCAGCUUUUUUAUUGAUUUUUACAGGCUGGCCCAACUCCAAGCCAGAUCAAUUAUCCAUUAUCACCACAACAGAAAGUUGCUGUGAUGAGAAACAUUGAGAGAAUGCUGGGAGAAGCUUUAGGAGAUCAUAACCAGGUAUGAUAGGAUAUGUGCUAAACAAAAUUACUUUUUUAUCCAAGUCCAAAAUGGUGCCUUGAUGAUCACAAAUAGAAGCUGGUAUGACCAACCUAUGCAGGCCUGUCCUGGUGUCCUUACUUUUGAGGGCUAUGUGGAGAGCUGGGAAAAAAAAAUUAACCAUCAUGCAACUGUUUGAUGUUUUCACAAAGAGCUUUAGACCAAAAAGUGACUUUCUGAUUUUCUUCAAGAAACUUGGAAUAAUAACAAUAGGUCAACCAAAAAGAAAGUACUUUCAGAAUUUGUUCUCUGGCAGCUGAAAAAGUUUCUUUGGUUUUAUUUGCUGCAUGCAGUAUUAAGUUAGUUGAGAACCGUGUUGCAUACUUACUUUCUAGGUACUUGGUGCAAUGUACUUUUUUUUUUGUUGGGCCUUUUAAUUGGAGGCAGUUUCAUCGCUGUAAUGGCACAUGUAUGAAAUACUGACAGCAGAUUUGUAUUAGGCUCGAAUUUACAGCAUAUACAGUAUAUGUGCAACAGAAUUGUAGGUGCGAGGUUCUGGACCUCAUCAAUUGCAUGUACAGUAGAUGUUGUGGUUCAAUUUUAUCCUUGGUUCAAAUUUAUUUUCUUUUGUUUUUGGGUAUUGUAAUGCAUGAUAAUGAGUUUGGAACAGAGGGAAAUAAAAUUUGAACCAAGGAUGAAAUUGAACUACAACAUAGAUUAACCUAUUACCUUAUACCUUACUUGAAACAAUGAGAUGGCAUGUCAUAAAGUACAUUUCUUAACAAGCCUUAUUCUCUGAGCACAAGUUUAAUGCAAAUGCAGAUCAAAUUUCUUAAAAAGAAGUUUUUGAAAAAAUAUUAAUUAACUCGGCAAGUUCUAUGAAGCAAUUACAGUCGAAAUAAUGUCUAACACAGUAUUGGCUGCCUACCUUUUCAGCAAAACAAUUUUUUUUGGGGGGAGGCAGGGGCGGGAAGGGAGUGCAGAGGUCAUUAUCAAUAUUCAGAACUUCCCUGUUUGAAUUGUAUAUUUUUGCAGAUUGGUCCACUUUUGAAUUGCAUCAUAAAUGGACGUUAUACGGAAACAAAUGAAGGUAUAGAGGAGAAUUAUACAGAGACCAGCACUUGAUAAAUCACUCUUUCUCCAUGAAAAUCAAACUUUAGACAUGCAGAUUAGACAUAGCCAUAUAUGAAGCCAGAUUUUCAAGUUAAAGUUCCCUCCUAUUCCUAAAUGACUGAGACAUGAUGAGCUUUGGUGAUUAAAUUAUUACUAGAAACGUAUUUACCGUUGUUUGCCUUUUGAUCAAGUGAACAUGAUAGAGUAGACUGAAAUUUUCCUUGUAUAUUUUUAUCGUCAAUGCAGAAAAUAACAAACUGUAAAACCAUUUAGAUGGUUACAGUAAACUUUCAUGAAGUGAAAGAUAUCUCUCGUUAGAGCGCUUUUCGAUUGAGUGUGAUAAACCAAAACCAAACUAAUCACAAUCGCCAAUCGUAAGAUAGGAUAAUAGAUUUGAGAGCCAGUGAGUUCUCAAAGUAAAAAUAACUAAACUGCCUAAAGCGCGGGAAAACGCGGCUGAGCAGGUCGGAAUUAGUUUGAGUUUUUAUCUGAUUGGUUGGGAGAGGGGCGCGAGUUUUUCUGGACCAAUCACAGAUCGAAGUAAUGCAAAAACGAGGCAAUCCCGGAUGACUUUCGACACUCAGUUGAAAAUUGCUAUAUUUAAUUAAUUUAAGGGAUUGAGGUUUCGUUUGCUUAUGAUCAGGAAAUCAGUAAGCAAACAUCCUUGCCUUUUGAAAUGUGUCUAAGACAAUUAGAUUACUUGAAAAAAAAUGUUGUUUUACAACUAAAAAAGAAAUAUGUAGAAAAUUAGAUUAAGCAAUAAUAAGAUUAUGAUUGCAUUAUAUUAAAAUAUCGUUAUGGAUACAUGACAUAACUGCUGUUUAUGUCUGCCGCAUGUGAUGUGAAAUCUUUUAGAGAAAUGCAAGACUAUGAAUUCGUUGCUGUUAGAAAAUAGUGAUAGGAAGUAGAAAUAGCUCAAGACGAAUUUAGCACCAUCAAAUGGAAUUGUCAGGAAGUGAUCGUCUUUAAUUUGUCGAUAUUUGUUGCUCUUCAGGGAUUACCCAUAGUGAUAGUGAAACGUGUCGCUGUAAUGCCUGUGGACGAUUCUUUUAAAUAAGUAUACUUGGUAAUAAAGUAUAUAUGUCGAUUCGAAGUGAU